GUCCCCUUAUAUAACAGAUAAUCACGUCGAGCUUCCCUCUUCUUGAUAUUAAACAGUCUAGCUAACGUUACUCCAUUUGUAAUGUUUUUCACUUGUCGUGACCCCGGUGAUAAACUAACGGUUAUCCUAAAUCGUUGUCUUCAGGAGAAACGGAAUUACUGGAACUAAUGUUUUGCAGUCUGAGUCCUAACCGAGAAUAUGUAUGAGUGGGACCUUUUGCGGAAUUUACUAUUCACUUAAAGUUUUCCGUCCAAUUCACGCCCCGCUCUCGUUGCUGAGCUUAUAUAUAUGUCAAUGUUGCUGAGCUGUUGUUGAGUGGCUGAGAGCUGAAGUAGCGUGCACAACGACUACGGAAAGUGCGUAAUCAUUGAGCGGCGGUCGGUUCAUUUAACCCUAUGCAACUUGUCUGUCACUGGGCGGUGGCGGCGGUGGUAAUAUGUGUUAUAUUAGCUAACAACAGUGUAACAUUUAAGUAAUCUGAUUUAUUUUUUGUAUGACGAUAUUUUUUUUAAAGUGGAAGAACGUCGUGAUAUCGCGAGAAUCCAGCUGCCGUGCAAGUGGAGAUUAACUGGCGAAAAUGGCGAAGCGGAGGAUCACACAGGAAACCUUUGAUGCUGUUGUCAGGGAAAACAUGGAGGAGUUUGAGAUGGGUCCUGAUGAGGCUCUGAAGGAGGCUGUGGAGCAGUUUGAGUCUCAAGGUGUGGACCUCAGCUAUAUAGUAAAAGCUGUAGCAGCUGUAUCAUCUGAUGACAAACAAGAAGAGCAAUCACACAAGGUCUUACAGGCUUUGGAUUCCCUCCGCAUUGGAAAAGACUCUGCCAGUGUUAAGGAAGUGACGGCAGACAUAAAACGCUUCACUGAGCAUUGCUCACUUGAAUUCGCCCAGAGGUACCUGGCUGCCCAAAAAGACGCCUACCCCGUCAUCCUCUCUUACUGCCAAAAGAGUGUGGAGGAGCAGGAAGCUGUGUUAACCGCCCUGGCCGCUCUGGCUGCGCUGACCAAUGGACAGCCAGACUUGUUGGAUGCAGAGGGCCAGCAGUUCCUUUUGAAUGUCCUUAAGAAGUACGAGGCAGAUUCCUCUGUGUUGCGUGUAGCCAUUUGCACUGUGCGUCACUGCUGUUUGAAACAUGAACAAAACAGGCAGGAUUUGGUAAAAGGUGGCGUCCUGCCUCUGCUGACCGGUGCCACCGCACAACACAGUGGAUGCGCUGAGCUGGUCAAGGAGGCCUCUGCUGCUCUCAGGAUCAUGACCUUUGACGAUGAUAUCCGAGUUCCGUUUGGGCAAGCUCAUGAACACGCCAAGAUGAUUGUUCUUCAACACAAUGGACUGAAGGUUUUGAUUGAGUCUGCAAAAGCUCACCUCGGUAAUACUUCUGUUCUGAGAGAGCUGUGUGCGACUUUGUCCAAUUUGGCCGUAAGGAAUGAGUUCUGUCAAGACAUCUGUGAUCUGGGAGGACUGAAACUCAUCAUGACGCUGCUUGCGGAGAGCUAUGAGACACCAGAGUUGGUUCGGCAGGUCCUUAGUGCAAUACGAGCCAUAGCAGGAAAUGAUGACGUGAAAGAUGCAGUUGUUAAUGCUGGUGGGGUCGAGCUCAUUGUCAUUGCCAUGAACAAACACAUGAGCAUCUCUGCUGUGUGUGAGCAGGGCUGUGCAUGCCUCUCUGUCCUUGCUUUGCGUAAACCAAACAACUGCAAAGUCAUCAUGGAAAAUGGAGGUGCCUUGGCUGCUCUGCAGGCUAUGAAGACGCAUACUGAUAAGGUCAAUGUGCAGAAACAGGCAUGUAUGCUGUUGAGAAAUCUGGUUUCACAUAUGAGUAACUUAAGCCAACCAAUCCUGGAGAUGGGAGCAGAGGCCCUGAUAACCCAGGCCCUGCAGACCCAUGAAGACUGUGGAGAUGUGGGUAAAGCAGCCCUCAGAGAUCUGGGAUGCCACGUGGAGCUCCGAGAGCUGUGGACCGGCAAAAAGGGCAGCCUUACCUACUGAAAGUAGAGGAGAGCAUCGCUGUACACCCUUACCAUAAGUUUGCCUGAAAAGCAAUUUAAGGCAAGAUGAAAUGUUAACUUGGUAUACAUAGCCAAGAGUUUAAGCAGAUGGGCCUACCCAACUAGACAUAUUUGUUUAAAGUAGUUGAUGUAGAAAAGGCUUGUGAGUAAGUCACCAGUCCCACACAACGCUUUUGAGAGAGUGAAUGUUUUCCAGUCCUUUUUCUGUUUUUGACACGUAGCCUACAAAGACAUGUAGCCUACCAAUAGGCCAUUGUAGUCCUGUAGUACAUGUUUUGUUUGCUAUUAAAUAUUUUUUUUUUUUACAAAUUUUCUGAUUUGCAAUUUAUUUAUGUUAAUAAGAUGUCAAUAUGUGUGUUUUGUGGUAUGGGUAAAUAUAAAUAAAUCUAUUUGCUGUCAUGCAAAUAGUUUAACUGCAUAGUUGUGCAGAUUUCUUUACCGUGUUGGCAGAGCCAAAUUUUUGUAUUGAAUGCCGUUCACUUUUACUAGAUCUAAACUGUUUCCUUUUAAUGCAUUAUUGCAAUGUAAAACUGAAAUAUGUUAUAGACCUACCACAUUAUUUACAGUGUAUAUUUUGCAUGAUUAUGAUGAACACAAAUUUUUGGUGCUUCACCUAUAUGUGGCUAUG